UUUGUGCACACAGUACACAGAAAACUAAGGUCUUCUAUAUUCAUCUCUUUUUUUGUUACUAAUACCUCGAGAAGUUAGUGAAGAAUGGCUGGAAUUGUAGUGGUUUUUGACUUCGACAAGACGAUCAUCGACGUGGAUAGUGAUAAUUGGGUGGUGGAUGAGUUAGGUGUCACGGAUUUAUUCAAUCAACUUCUGCCCACUAUGCCCUGGAACUCUCUCAUGGAUAGAAUGAUGAAGGAGCUUCAUGCACGAGGCGAAACUAUUGAAGAGAUGGAAGAAGUACUGAAACGGGUUCCUGUACACCCAAGGAUUGUUCAAGCCAUUAAAUCAGCUCAUGCAUUAGG